GGGGCAGGCUGCAGUACUCUGGUUUCUUCUCUCUCCUGCAGCACAGAGGUGCCUGCUGUAGUAGCACCGGUCGGACCCGGUGCGAAGUCGAACGUGCUGCCUGUCUGACAGAGGCAGGGACCGCGGGCGGUUCCCUCCGCAUCCCCGCGGCGGCGGCGCCAGGUGAAAGUAGCUGUGAGAAAUUCUCCCCACGCUUCCUGCUGCUGCGGGCAGCUGUGGCUGCGGGCUCCCGAGUGGCAGCUGUUGCUGCGUGGCAGGGGACGGGCGGCUGCGGGGCAGGGGGCUCUUGGGGCAGAGUUUGUACAGUUGGCUGGAGGCUGCUGCGCUGCCCGGAGAUGGGAAGGCAGAGCCUGCGCUCGGGCAUCCUCCUGUUGGCGGCCCUGCUGUCUCUAAAAGGCGAGAAGCUGCCAAGCUGCGAGGACGCUCGGAAAGUUUUCCAGCUGCUGCAGAUCGGCCCAGCCAAGGGGCUUCCGGAGACCCCGCAGGCAGGGGCUGAUCUUCAAGUUUGUACAUCCAAAAACCUAACAUGUUGUACCAAAAAGAUGGAGGAGAAAUACCAGAUUGUAGUAAAGCAGGAUAUACAACAAGUGCUUCAGACAUCAAGCUCUACUUUAAAGUUUUUAAUAUCUCAUAAUGCAGCUGCUUUUCAAGAAACCUUUGAAAUGCUUAUCACACAGGCUGAGAAUUACACAAGCAUGCUUUUCUGCAACACAUACAGAAACAUGGCUGUUGAGGCUGCUACAGCUGUUCAAGAGUUUUUUACGGAUGUGGGACUCUUUGUAUUUGGCAUAGAUAUUAGUACAGAAGAACUGGUGAACAGAUUUUUUGACACCCUGUUCCCACUAGUCUAUAAUCAUCUGAUUAAUCCUGGUCUGACUGACAUUUCACUGGAAUAUUCAGAAUGCAUUCGAAUGUCACAACGAGAUAUCAGUCCUUUUGGUAAUGUUCCAAAAAUAGCCAUGGGACAAAUGGGGAGAUCAUUGUUAUCCAGUCGUACUUUCUUACAGGCCCUCAAUUUAGGGAUUGAAGUGAUCAAUACAACAGAUCAUUUGCAGUUCUCUAAAGACUGUAGCAGAGUCUUACUACGAAUGCAGUAUUGCCCCCACUGCCAAGGAAUGCCUUUAAGUAAGCCAUGUAUGGGGUAUUGCCUGAAUGUAAUUAGAGGCUGCUUGGCUAACAUGGCAGAAAUUGACCAUCACUGGAGGAGAUAUAUUCAGUCAUUGGAAGAGUUAUCCAGUGCAAUGCAUGGGACAUAUGACAUUGAGCAUGUACUUCUGAACUUUCACUCACUUGUUAAUGAUGCUCUGGCACAAGCUAGGAUCAAUGGACCAAAAGUAAUUGAACAGGUAAACAAGAUAUGUGGUCAUCCUGUGAGAAAGCUGACACUCUCCCCCAGUUAUUCUGAUCAGAACAAAGAUAAUCAAGGGAUGAAGAUGUCUGCAAGAGACCAUGAAGAAACACUGGCCAACAGAAGAAAAGAAUUUAUGAACAGUCUACGGCUGUACAAGACAUUCUAUGGAGGUCUGGCUGAUCAGCUGUGUAUCAGUGAGUUAGCAGCUGCUGAUGGACUAGCAUGUUGGAAUGGUGAAGAUGUUGUAAAAAGCUACACCCACCGUGUGGUUGGCAGUGGAAUCAAAGCUCAGUCUGCGAAUCCAGAAGUAAAAGUGAAAGGAACAGAUCCUGUAAUAAAUCAAAUUAUUGAUAAACUGAAACACAUUAUCCAGCGGUUGCAGGGCAAAUCACUUCCUAAACAUGAGAAGUGGGGUCUACUACAAAUGGGCAGCGGUGGAAGUAUGGAUGAACAAGUCAGUGGAGACUGUGAUGACGAGGAUGGUUGCGGAGGAUCAGGAAGCGGGGAAGUGAAGAGAAUCCUGCAAAUUACUGACUGGAUGCCAGACAAGACAAACCUCAGUGACGUAAAGCAAAUCCAUCAAACAGACGGUGACAGCACUUUAGACACAACUGGAGCAGGAUGUACAGGCACGGUUGCUUAUAUGACAUUUACGCUGAUUAGUGUGGUAACAUUACUUCUCAAUCUUUGGUAAAUGUGCAGCUCUAUCUUGAUAUAAGCAUCUCAUUGCAGUCUGUUUGUUCUCCCGCACAAGCCUGGAAUAAGAGAUUGAAUGUAGCCAUAUUUAUGGUAGCCUGAUCCUAGGUCGAGAUAUUGACAAAAUUGUUUGCUUGUGUAAUAUAUUUUGUAGGGUUUUUUAACACCUGUAUAAUUAACCAAAAUCAUAUUUCUUUUUAGAAUAUUAUGUUACAGAUAUAAUACCAGUAUGUUGAACUUGCUGAACUCUGAACUACUUUUAAAAAAGAGAAACCCAAUUUAACUUCUCAGCAUUUUUGUACUUGAAAAUUCUGUCUCCUUUCUGUUUACAGAAAAAUGUCCCUUACAAGUCUUAAAAACUAGAAUUUGUACAUUGCAUGAGUAAAUGGGUGAAAUUUUAAGCCUAAACUAUUUUCUGUGAAAAAUAAAGGUUACACACCACUAAAACACUUUAAGAAUUUAUGUUAGUUUUGGUCAAUUGUUCAUGUCUUAAAACAAACAAAUGCCAAAAAAGUCAAAAUGUUUCAUUUUGCCCUUUGCAAAACAAAACAUUUAGAUUUUUUUCAUUCAGACUGACUACCUGUUUUGAAAUUUCCUUCAAAUUUAUUUAAAAAAAAAUCAAAAUUCAAAAUCAAAAUGAAAUAUUUUGUUUUGGGUACAACAAAACGUUUGACCCCAAAAUCAUUUGCACAGUUCUACUGACAAAAAGAAAUACAUAUUAUAAACAGAUAAAACUAAUUUGCGAGGGGUUUCUUUUAAUACAUCAGGAAAAUUAGAUAUUAUGCAAUACUUGUGGGUGUGUAGGUACACAUGAUUCCAUCUUGGCCAGAGAUAACAGCAAAUUCUCAUGCCAUAUGGAGAUGAUGGAAUCUGGAAUGUUGUAUAGUACUGAAUGUGUAUUGUAUAGUUCUGUUACCAGUCACUAAUUACAUGUUCAUAUUUGAUUAUGUUAAUUGUGACUGAUUCAUAUCCCAUUGUAUCCAGAAUGUCUUCAAAAAUAUUAUCUUGUUUCCUUCCUUUGCAAAUAUAUAUAUUUAGAACUGUAUGCACAUACUGUACUUAGAAGUCUUCCUCGUCUGUAAAAAUACAUUUUAUAUUAGACUAUAUAUAGAAUAUAAAGACGGAUAUAGAAAUAUUGUGGUUCCUAAAUGAAUAACAUACAGGUAAACAGAAACUGUGUUUAAAAAAACCCAGCCCAACAUUGCUAAAAGCAGCUGAAUGCCCAGGCGUCAUUAGUAGACAUACCAGCCUAUGUGUACAUUUAGUCUGCCUACUGUUCCAUCUAGUCCAGCAUACUGUCUCUAAGAGUGGCCAGUACCAGAUGCUUCAGAGGAAAUUGAAAGAAAUCCCAGAGUAAGCAGUUCAGAAAUAACCUCUCCAUAGGGAAAGAUUUCUACUAAUAUCCAUUAGUUUAAAGCUGACGUACAUCUGGAAGCACUUUUUCUAUUCCAAACUGUGGUUGUUGCUGCUCUUUUAAUCCUUACUACUGUGACUGGAGCAGGUAUAAUUUUCAAAAACACCUCAGAAAUCCAUUUUCAAGUAGUUUGCGCCCUUAGGAAGUUUUGAACAUUUUACCCAUUGUCCAUGUAAACAUCCAGCCCUUUUCUGAAUCCUGCUAAACUAAGGCCCAGUUAUAUCUCGUGGUUUUGCAGAGUGGAUUUUUUAAAAUAAUCUUUUUGUAUUUAAAAAAACAAACAAGGAGUCUUUGUGACACCUUAGAGACUAACAAAUUUAUUUGCGCAUAAGCUUUCGUGGGCUAGAACCCACUUCACGGCUACCACUCUGAAACCUGUUUUUGUAUUUUGUAACUUGUGAAACUUAAACUGAGGAUGCUAAAAAUACCAUCCCUGUAGGUAGAUAAUCCAUAUGUUAUUAUAGCACUGGGUAUCAAGACCAUUAGACAGUGCAUACUGGAGUGUCUCACUACAAGUGAGAAGUUGGUGAGCAGUAGGUGUGAGACAGGUUUAUGGAGCAGCUAUUUUUAGACGAGAAGAGGAUGGUAUGGGAAAUUGCAUUAUUUAUUUGUAUCACAAUAUACUACAACAACAAAAUUUAAAUAGAUGGACACAUUUUACAAAAUGUCUGACGGCCUUACUUAGUAAAAGUUCAGCUAUUUUUCUUGAACUUUUUUUUAAAAAUCACCUUUAAAUGGAGUUGCCAUUUGAAAGAAAGAAUUAAAAUGCACUAUUUCUCAUGCAACAAUGUUUUCCUAGCACUUGAAUAAAUAUUUAAGGUGUCAUCUUUCCUGAGUGUCAUCACUGAAGUUGGUUCGGGUGCAUUUACUUCUUUAGGAAGCAGGUAGUGUUGGUGUUUUGCAAAUGCCACGUAAUAAAAGAUGAAUCAUAACUGCAGCCACAUAACAGGUAGCGAUAAAUAUAUAAUACUCUUUUUUUUCUGAAUAUGCCAAAUUUAAUGUUAACAAUUCCAUAGCACCUCUUUAGAAGUAUAGAUUAAAAAGUAGAAGAAACAACUCUUGAGAGUUAGAUGGUUGCUUUGUUUUAUUUUUAAAGUGCAGUUUUACUUUGCAAAUCACUAUGUAAAAGUAUCUUCUUACUCAGCAGAUCCUGCACUGUGUGUUCAGAAUCAUAUCUGCUGAAAAUGGUAAAAAAAAGUGUUUUACUACUUAUAUUAUACUACUGCUAGAGAGGCAAUGUAGCUCUGGAACAAGGAGCUGAGUUCUAUUCUUGCUUGCAAAUCUUCCACACUUUAUUAACAUAAUUCCAAUUACAGACUCUUCAUACUGGUGAUGCGUGAGCCAAAAAGAGCCCAGCUUGACUUUCAGAUCUGAUACUGAGUUUGCAUGCCUGGCACUGAAACAAAAAAAUUUUUUUUUUAAAUUUAGAAACAGAACAUACUUGAUGAGGAAAUUGGAAAGAGAGAACAUGUAGCACCCGAUGAAGCCAUUUUUACAAAAUCAUGUUUCAGAGAACAAUCACACCUUAAAGAGUAGAUUGCUAUAGACAGCUAUGCAUUGGUAAAAACAUUAUUUUUAAUGUUUAAACUGUAUUUUCAAAACACUGAAAGUACUAGUAAUAUGUGCAUAGGUGAAAUUCUGCUUUCAUUUACAUUCAUGAAACCCUACUGAAGUCUUUUAAUACAUUUAACAUAUCAAGAUUAUUUCUUGUGACAGUACAGACAAUCACAAAUUGUAUUUAUCUACUUCAGAACAUUCUAUGUGUACCAUACAAAAAAAUAAAGUUAUGACAUUUAUAUUGUCAACCUUAGAUUUAUUACUCUUAAAGAAAAAACAAACAAUUUAUUCAUUUUUCCAUUUCAAAGUGUCCAUUUAUCUGACUGGCUUUGAGACUUUCAGCAUGUCAGCAAAUUCACGGCAUUUUUUAAAAAAUGAAUGGAAAGAUUUGGAGAGGUGGAAAAGAAGCUAAAUCAUUAACCAAAUAUGUAUGUAGAGUUACAAAUUAAUACUUAGUUCAACCAAAUAUUUGGGAAUAAGUUCCUCAUUUAUUUGCUUGCCAAGGCUUGUCUCAAAAAUUCUAUGUUUUCCUUAGAACACCUUAUAAAAAGAGUAACACCUAAAACAGUGCAGGGUUUGGAGCAGUUAUGGGGAAUUCUGGACUCGAGCAGUUUAAAAAUCUGGCCCUUGUGUACCUUCACUUAUACAAGCUCAUUCAUUAAAGGUGGACCAGAUAACUUUUUAAGUUAUAUAGGCACCUAGUGGGAUUUUCACUAGACACUUUUGAAAAUCCAACUAGUCACCUAUCUGCAUCUUUAGAUGCCUGAAUUCCUUUAAGAAUCUGCCCUACAAGGGACCAUGCUACAGAAUGUGAUUAGGUGUAUUGGUUGAACAUAAAUUGCUAUCUAUUCUGACUUUACAUGGGUUAAAGUAACGCGUCAGUAUGUCUCAUUCAGACAUUGGCUAAACCACUAUACCACUAAUUCAGCUGCAGUGGCAGUGAAGUACUUAAGCAGAUUUGUGGAUGCUUUUACAGCCCAGAGAACAGACUAAAAGGUGCAUGUGGCAUGGGAGUUGGUGAGAUUGGAACAUGUGGUUUUAUGAGGGUUAAGUGAUUAAGGUUUCUAAAGGGCUUUGAUAUCUUCAAAUAGAGCCUAUAGCAGUGAAAAUUAUUAUUAAUUAUUAUUAUUAUAAUAAUAAUGGUGUUUUCCUCUUUCUCAUCUUUUCCUGGCAGAUCCUAUGAAACAGACACAAAAACACACAUUUAUACGCUUACUGAUUUUUUGCUGCACGGGUUGAUAGUGUAUAGAAUAGGUUCUAUAUGCUCCUGUGAACUUUAUGCACUUUCAAAAGCUGUAUAAUAACUGUGCCUGAAUAGAGUCCAUAGGAAAUUGAAGCAAAUGCACAAGCUGAUUAAAAAAACAAACAGAUUCUGUCUUGGGAGGAAUCAGUUAUUCCAUAGGAUACCCUUUCCUGGACACCUGUUAUGCUCAACUUUUCUUCUGUUGUUUCUUACAUGUAAAAAUGCAUAUUCCAGUCAUGAUUGCCUGCAUUACAAAAGUCUGACUGACAGUUGGGAAAUUGAGACAAAAACCAGUUAUUUUCUUAGUGUGCUGCUUUCUCUUCAGUUUGUCUUGGUUUUAGAUUAUAAAUAUUAUUUUAAAGAAGAACUGCAUCUCUUAAGACUUUAUGAUGAUUACAUAUGGGCAGGUUAUAAAGAUCAGCUCUUCUGUGAUUACAGGCAACACAAAUGAUUAAAUAACUUCAUGCAUCCCCAUCAAAUUUCACCUACCCAAAUUCCUUCACCUAUCUUCUUUCCUCUCAUGGUUCUCUACUCUGAUGACCACUUUGACCCCCACUGCGAAUGGUAGCUAUUAUAUGGGACAGUUCAUGGUGUGUACAUAUCACAAUUCAUUAAUCACAGUGAAUGCCUUCUGGGUUGUUUUCCCUACAGGGCAACUCAUGCUAACAGUAAUGGACCCCACACAUGCUUGUAUACAGCUAAUCCUAGAAGUUUAUGGCACUAAGAAUCAACCUAUGGGUUCUCAGCUGUCACAGACACCAUGAAGGGAAGGUAGAGAAUAACACCAAUCUAUGGAAAGAAGAAAGGAGGAGAAGAUCCUAGGGGGAGGAAAAGCCCAUAAAUUCACAGUUUACCCCAGAUGUUUAAUCUGUGUAUAUGGGGAAAGUGGGUAAGAUGAAUCUAUAGAAAUACACUGCACAUAACAAAUAGUGGCUUGGCUCUCAAAAGCCCUUUUAAUUACAGCUCUGUACCGAUCUGGGCUAAGAAACAGAGCCACCCCGUAACAAAGCUGUGUGAGAUACUUUCAACAAAACUGGAAUUCAUGCAAAAUUCAUCUGCCUUCAUGUUUCAUUAGACUUGAAACUCAAACCAUGUUAUUUAAAAGGUUUACUAAGGUUCACAAAGUUGGGCGCUGUUCCUGGGGAGCCUACUGCCUUUUUUGAGCAAUGCUGGGUCCUGUUUCAAAUUUAAUUGGCUGUAUUAUGGUGUAAAAAGCAAAUCAUGUGAAAUGCUGUGGUUUAGCAGGUGAAUCCAUCUGACAUGCACUAGCUUCAUCAGAGGUUUUCUUUGAAGUUUGUGGUUCAUUUAAUUCACACCCCCAAGGGAUCAGAGAAAAAUACUUGCAUGAACCACUACAAAAAUGAAACUGCUGAAUUUCAAACAAGUCUACUUAAUUUUAUCCUGUAGCAGUAAGUUCCACAGAUAAAUUACACAUUGAAUAAAAAGGUAUUUUCUUGUCUCCAUUUAAAUUUGGUGGUCUUUUAAUUUCACCAGUUGUCUCCUUUGUUCUUGUAGUAUGAGAAAAGGUAAACUAGAGAAACUGGCUAGUCAUAGGUAUAUACUUUUUUUAACAUAUAUUCACCUUCCCUAAUCCUUUCCAUACUAGUGUUUAAUCUCAUUCCCCAUAACCCAGCAUGUAGCUCAUCCUUUUUAUAGACCUUCUCUGGAAUUUAAACAUUUAUUUUAACAUAGCAUUUGGUGGGUGAAUUUGUUACUUUUCCAUUAUCUCACAUAGCAAUAGUUAGAGACUAACAUCUUCGCUUAGUUCUGUUACAAUUGGAAUUAUAGUGUUUAUGAAUGUCAUUUACACCAUCUAACAAAAAGAAAUCAUGUUCAAGAACUUGUUCAAACAGGCAUGAAUAGGCAUGUGUUAAUAUGCCAGCAAAUGUCACCAAUAAACUGUGUGAUUCUUUUUGCAUUUUGGAUUUAGCAUUA